AUGCAGCUGCUUCGAGGACUGCGGCUCUCGGGGCUCGGCGCCUCCGCAGGCCGGGGCGCCGCGGCCCGAGCCCCGGGCGCCAGCCCCUGCCUCCGCCCCCCGCCCCGCCCCCGCGCGCCUCCCGCCGGUCCUCGGCCCCGCCUCCGCCCCCUCCUCGCGCUUCGCCCCGGGUUGCAGCGCCCGGCUGUCGUCGCCUGCAGAGACCCGUCGCCCGCCACCGCCGCCUGCAUGGAGCUCCCCGGAGCCGGGGUGAAUUCCAGUGAGUGUGAAAGAGUAUCAAGCAAACAAGAAAUGUCAGGAGAAUUUGAAGCCAACACCAUGGAUUCUCUGGUAGAUUUUCCAUUUGCUACCAUAGAUAUUAAAGAUGACAGUGAAAUCACUGAUGUUCCUAAAGUAAAUUUGGAGAGAAGUAAAGAAAAUGAAUGCAACAAUAAAGAUCAAAUAAAGAAGAGGAAAAAAAAGCGAAAAGAUUAUCAACCCAACUAUUUCCUAUCCAUUCCAAUCACCAACAAAGAGAUUACAAAAGGAAUUAAGAUCCUGCAAAAUGCAAUAAUACAACAAGAUGAGCGACUGGCCAGAGCAAUGAGCAGUGAUGGUUCCUUUCAUAUUACCCUGCUAGUGAUGCAGUUACUGAAUGAAGAUGAAGUCAACAUUGGUAUUGAUGCUCUUUUGGAAUUAAAGCCAUUUGUAGAAGAAAUCCUCCAAGGAAAACCUUUGACUUUGCCCUUUGAAGGGGUUGACACUUUCGGAAAUCAGGUUGGAUUUGUGAAACUGGCAGAAGGAGAUCACAUAAACUCACUUUUGGAGAUAGCAGAUGCUGCAAAAAGGACGUUUCAAGAAAAAGGUAUCUUGGCAGGAGAAAGCAGAACUUUUAAGCCUCAUUUGACCUUCAUGAAAUUGUCCAAGUCACCGUGGCUCUGGAAGAAGGGAGUGAAAAAAAUAGACCCAAAACUGUAUGAAAAAUUUAUCAGCCAUAGAUUUGGAGAAGAAGUGGCACAUUAUAUAGAUCUUUGCUCCAUGCUGAAGAAAAAGCAAAGUAGUGGCUAUUAUCACUGUGAGUCUUCAAUUGUGAUUGGCCCAAAACCUAUUGGAAUCCGGGACUUAAUUAAUGAAGCUUUGCGUCGAGAGAGGAUGGGUCUGCAGUCCAAAGUGAAAGAGAUAAAAGCACUUUUAUUAAAGCCUGAGAUUCAGGCCAAAAUCAGGAGGGAGCUCUUUGAAGGAAGAUUCAUUAACAACAGUAAUCAAGGAAACGAUGUGGAUUUCAGCACAACUUUAACAUAA